AUUGAAGUUAGUCGAUCACGACAACUUAGAACUUCAAAGGAGCCUCAUUCAUAAUUAUGACUCUGGUACUUUUUACCUUGGUUACAUUGUUUACCGGGAUUCAAGGUAAUCCCGUUCCGGACUUUCUUGAUGACUGUCCCGGAGGAUCGGGCGACUGCCCUCCCGGCCCACCGCCUCCGACUGGCCAUCCACUCCCUCCACUCUCUUGUGGCGACCGUCCGUCCUCCGGUGCCCGAAUCGUUGGUGGACAGGAAACAGUGAAGAACAGCAUUCCAUGGCAGGCUAUGUUACGAACCGACAGGGCUCAGUUCUGUGGUGGCUCGCUUGUUCAUAAGCAAUGGGUCCUAACGGCUGCUCACUGUGUUCAAGGUUCAUCGCCAAACAGCUUUAAAAUUUGGCUAGGUGCUCAUCGCAAAGAGACCCAAGAGGAUACAACCCAAGAAAGAGCUGUUGCCCAAGUCGUGAUCCAUCCAGGAUAUAACUCCGGCACUAAUGCAAACGACAUUGCCAUGGUCAAGCUUAAGCAAGAGGCUGUCCUGGGAAAGGGAGUCGGCCUUAUCUGCCUCGGAGACAGCGCAUUACACCUCCCAAUUGACGAUCUCAACAACCAGUGUCUGAUAAGCGGUUGGGGUACUCUUGAAAGCGGAGGCCAGCAGCCCGAUACUUUGCAAGAGGUCUUGGUCCCCCUGGUUUCCAAGAACAGGUGUGAGGGUGCCUAUGGUAGUCUGCACGACUCUAUGCUGUGCGCUGGGUUCGAUCAAGGCGGAAAAGACAGUUGCCAGGGCGACAGCGGUGGUCCGUUGGCAUGUCAAUACAAUGGGAAGUAUUACAUUGAAGGAGCGACAAGCUGGGGCAGCGGAUGCGCUGGUGCUAACGCGUACGGAGUGUACGCUAAGGUACGCGAGCUGAGAUCCUGGAUCGAUGGAAUAAUCCAAGGAUGAAGCAGUCUCUUCCGACUAUUUAGAAUGAGAGUAAAGUUCAAAAGCUGUAAAAGAUUUUAGCUUAAAAUAAACAGAUGAAUGAGCAUUCAA